GUUUGUUCAGCCUUGAGGAGACUGAGAGAAGACCUCAUUGUGGUAUUCAAAGUCCUCAUGAGGGAAAGCAGAGAGGCAAGUAAUCUCUUCACACAUGUGACCAGUGACACGACUUGAGGAAAUGGCAUGAAGCUGAGCUGGGAAAGGUUUAGUACCAGGAAAGGGUUUUUCACCCGGAGGGUGGUAGAGCAUUGAAACAGGCUCCCCAGGGAAGUGGUCACAGCAUCAAGCGUGCCAGUGUUCAAGAAGCAUUUGGACAAUGCUCUCAGUCACAUGGAGUGAUUCUUGGGGUGGCCUGCAUAGGGGCAAGAGUUGGACUUAAUGAUACUGAUGGGUCUCUUCCAACUAAGCAUAUUCUAUGAUUCUAUGACUGUGAUAACUCGCAGACUUAUUUGAGCCUAAAUGCAUUGUACUAUUUGCUUGGCAUCAUUGUAACUGAUCUUUGAAAAGUGAUUUUUGUUGAUUUCUUGCAUGUGGCUUCAAGAAACUUGUAGACUUCCAAAAUUUUCACUUGUCAAGCAUGUACGCUAGGUUUCAUGCUGGGAACUGGUACUCACUGUCAAACCUAUUUCUCUUUAUAGUCAUCAGAUUUUUGUUUUGCUUUUUUUUUAGAUUGCGGUCUUUGGUAAAGCAAUUAGAGAGAGGGGAAGCUUCGGUUGUAGACUUAAAGAAGAAUUUGGAAUAUGCUGCUACUGUUCUUGAGUCAGUAUACAUUGACGAAACUAGGCGUUUACUGGACACAGAAGAUGAACUCGGUGAUAUUCAGUCUGACUCUGUGCCCUCAGAGGUCCGUGACUGGUUGGCUUCUACCUUCACGCGGCAAAUGGGGAUGAUGCUCAAAAGGACAGAGGAAAAACCACGGUUCAGGAGUAUUGUCCAUGCAGUGCAAGCUGGGAUAUUUGUAGAAAGAAUGUACAGACGGACUUCAAAUAUGGUUGGCUUGAGCUACCCACCAGCUGUAAUUGGAGUGCUAAAGAAUGUUGACAAGUGGUCCUUUGAUGUAUUUGCACUAAACGAUGCCAGUGGGGAUCAUGCACUGAAAUUCAUUUUCUAUGAACUUCUCACGCGCUAUGAUCUGAUCAGCCGUUUCAAGAUUCCCAUUUCUGCCCUGGUGUCCUUUGUGGAAGCUCUGGAGGUUGGCUACAGCAAACACAAAAAUCCUUAUCACAACCUCAUGCACGCUGCAGAUGUGACACAGACAGUCCAUUACCUCCUUUUCAAGACAGGUGUAGUGCACUGGCUGACAGAGCUGGAGAUCUUCGCUAUGAUCUUUGCAGCUGCCGUACAUGACUAUGAACACACUGGAACCACUAACAACUUCCACAUCCAGACACGGUCAGACUCAGCCAUUCUAUAUAAUGACCGGUCUGUGCUUGAAAAUCACCAUGUUAGUGCGGCGUAUCGUCUUUUGCAAGAUGAUGAAGAGAUGAAUAUUUUAUCUAAUCUCUCAAAGGAUGAUUGGAGAGAAUUCAGAGCUCUAGUGAUUGAGAUGGUGUUGGCCACUGAUAUGUCCUGUCACUUCCAGCAAAUCAAAGCUAUGAAGAAUGCUUUGCAGCAACCAGAAGGAAUUGACAAGCCGAAAGCCUUAUCACUGUUGUUACAUACAGCAGAUAUCAGUCAUCCAGCCAAGGCUUGGGAUCUCCACCAUCGCUGGACAAUGUCUUUGCUAGAGGAGUUCUUCAGACAGGGUGACAAAGAAGCAGAACUAGGGCUGCCCUUCUCUCCCCUGUGUGAUCGCAAAUCUACUAUGGUUGCUCAGUCUCAAAUAGGUUUCAUUGAUUUCAUUGUGGAACCCACUUUUACUGUGCUGACUGACAUGACAGAGAAGAUUGUGACUCCACUCAUCAAUGAAGCUUCCCACUCUGGCAUGUCCGGAUUCAGGCGCUCCAGCCUAAAUAACAUUAGUCCCUCCGAAGUUAAAAAAUCAAGUGUCAAGAGCACUGGGUCCGAAGGAAGUGCCUCACUUAACUGCUCCAUACUCACUGUGGACUUCAAAUGUUUUAAAGCCACCUGGACUGAGGUGGUGCAGCAGAACAGGGAGAAAUGGAAAGCGCAAGCCACCAAAGAUGCAGAAGAAAAAACUAAGAAAGAAGCAGAGGAAAAUGCCUAUCAGGGAACAGAUGAAAAGGAAAGCGAAAAGGAUGAGAAGCCAACUGAAGAUACCACAGCAACAAAUACAGAGAACAGCAAAGAACCAAAUCCUAGGGAAAGCAAAAGCACAGAUUGCAGUAAAAAUUCUGUAAAUGAGACUCAGCAAAGGGGCAUGAACAAACACAAAGCCUCUCAAGGGAAAAACAUACCUAGGACAGAUAAGGGAACAGACUCUCAUCACACAGUGGGAGAAGAGAAACAGCAUGUCCAGAAUGGUGAAUUAAAGGAAGACAAUAAGUUGGACAAAAGAGAUAAGUCCAGUGUGGGGGAUGAAUCAAAGAAAACAGAUGUCUUUCAGUACUGUGGCACCGAGACAGCAAUGAGGUUCCGACGGAGGUCGUGUGCGGAGUGACGGUGUGGGGAUGUGCAGAGCAGCGCUGGCGCCAGAGGUGCGGAGUGAGCAACGGCGGUGAGCAGCAGCAGGGAGUGUGGGGCGAACAGUGAUCAUGGGCUGCAGUGGCGGGCAGCUACGGCAGCUGUAAGCAGUGCUUACUCUGAGAUGAUAGUGGCAGCAACAACAUCAGUGGUGAGCGACGGCAGGGAGCGUGGGGUGAGGAUCGAUGGGGCUCCAAGCUGCAGGGAAUGGCAAGGUCUGGUCAGCAGCGAGGAAACUGCCAGAGCCGAGAGCCAUAGCGAGAGAGAGCAGCCUGAUCAUGCUUCUGCAUUCGCACCCCUCUAUCGGAACCAGAAAGAGCGAGGUCUGGUAGCACCAGCAGUUUUAUGCUUCCUAAGAUCUUGUGAUAUCUCCUGCAGCGACCUCUCCUGCCCACCAGCCCUUCCUGCCCCCACGGGGUGGGGGGGGGGAGGGGGACGACGACGACGACGACACGACUGUCCAAAACAGCGUGCUGAUAUGAAAACAAGAAAAUCUUCUUCUUCAUUUAGGUAAACCAUAACUGUUGCACAUCCUGCCAGUCAGAGUAAACAGAGCAGCUUAGGCAUUCUUAGCCUCCUUGCUGAAUUAGUGUCUGGAUAACACACAAAUAGUCUGUUUGUAUGAUGCUACUUGUGUAACUAUUCUAGUCUACACUGAUAUUGUUGGUAGUACACUGGCACUACCAACAGUGUGCUACCAAAUCCCUAUUCUCUGCUUUCAUUGCCUUGAUGAUAGCCAUGAUCAUAAAAAAUAAUUAUUUUCCCUAAAUUAAAAAAGAAAAAAACCCAACAACAACAACAAAACAAAACAAACAAACAAAACCCCAAACAAGCAGACAAACAAACAAACAAACAAACAAAAAAACUGCUCAUGUGAAGGUCCUGAGAAUCAUAACCUAUUGGAGCCCCAUAUAAAAACCCUGUGAGGUAAGUAUUGUCAUUUUUAUUCCCAUUUUACAUGCAGAGAAACUGGAGUGAAUGUUGUAGUCCGGGUCACAUAAGAAGUCAGUGAGCAAUCUGGGAACAGAACUCUAGAGUCCUAACAGAAAGUCUUCUGCCCAUCAGUUUGAGUCACUAAAGCUUUAAGAAAUUAAAAGUCAUGAAUCCCCUUUAUCCACUCCUGUAUGAAGAUGAUAAAUACUACUGUUACUGUUCUGGAUAAACCUCUUAAAACUAUUAGCAAAAUCAUAUCUUCUGGCAACAACUCAAAUAAAAUUCCAGGUAUCAAUAAACAUUUCCCCACUCUGAGCAAGGGAAAAUUAAAUAACAGUUUGGCUGAAUCUAUACUGAGUACAGAAAAUGGAAUAAAUAUGGAAAGUGAAUGUGCCUCAAAGAGCAGUAAUUCACCUGGAUAUUUUUCAACCUUUUAAUGAAUGUGAAUUUAAUCUAGUUGAAAACAGGAAGGAUUGUGACUAUGAAGAAAUCCAGAUGUGUCUUUCUAAAGUUUAUGAAAUCUGUAGUUUUUUAUUUCCCAAGGUAUUUUGGAGCAUGAUUAAUCAUUCAAGGACCUUAACAAGAUUGGAGUGUGACUGUUCUAGCAUUUGAUGUUAGCUAGCUCACACAGGGGAAUCUUUUUCACUUAGGAUUCAUGCUGAGAGUGAUGACUUUUCUUUUAAAAUGCUUAUCAUACUAAUUAUUGAAUUGAUUAUUUUGCAAAUAAUAUCUAAGCAUAAGAUGAAAGCAUUUUGAUCAUGAUCAUGUGUUAUUUUUUAGUCUAUCUAUGUAAAGAGGUAAGAAAGCAAGACAUAGAUUCAAAUAAACAGAGUCAAGAAGUUGAUAAUGGUCAGAUUCAUAUGUAUUCCACUUCUGACUUUCACAAUGACCUGUAGUUUGCUGGAAAAUCAGACAAAAUGCAUCAGAUCUACCUAUUCCUGAAUUCUGGGAAACAUGAUCUCUAUCCAGAUUUAUUGUUUUGAAAUCAUCUUGAUAUUUUGGGUACAGUGAGGUGUUAAGCUAUAUAUAUUUAGAUAGGUAAGUAUAGGUCAGUUGCUUCUUCAUUUAUGUAUGACAAUUUAGCUACUGUCUAAACUGUUGUUUCCUAACCCUGAGAAUGUUCCUUGGGAUUCAACUGUAUUGAUGUAGUCUGCUGGGAUGUCUGAAUAAGGGCAUGAUUUCAAGAUCCAGUGUUUCAAACUGGUUAAUUGCCCAAAUUUCAAUUUUGGAAAUGCUUAUGUUUCAUUUCAGAGUUUUACAUCUAUAUUUAUGAUUUGCAUUUUUUUUUCUGAAUGUUUUCCUAACCCAAAAGAAUCCUGGCUUUCAGGCUGAGAAACCCUCCUUUGCACAUACAGGCUGUGCUGAAUGGGAUGGACAGAGCUUCUGAGGAACUGAUUUCUUGUCUACUAGUGAGUGAAAGCUAGGCAUGGUAACCAUCGUUGUUAUUCCUUUGUCA